AUGGCAGAAUUGUUCAUUAAGCAAGCGGAGAAUUAUGCAGAGGGUCGGCCAAGCUACCCUCCGGAAUUGUUUGAAUUCAUUGCUUCCAAGACACCCUUUCGAGACCUUGUGUGGGACGUCGGCACUGGAAACGGUCAGGCUGCUCGAUCACUAGCUGGGAUGUACAAGAAUGUGAUAGCCACAGAUACAAGCCCAAAACAGCUCUCAUUAGCGCCAAGGCUACCCAAUAUAAGAUACCAGCAAACCCCUCCCACCAUGUCUAUAGCCGAGCUCGAAAGCAAUGUUGCAGCUGAAUCAAGCAUCGAUGUUGUGACUGUUGCUGCGGCUCUCCACUGGUUCGACCUCCCUAACUUCUACCAACAAGUGAAAUGGGUACUCAAAAAGCCCCAUGGUGUCAUUGUUGCAUGGACCUACUUCACCACACAAGUCAAUGGCUCGGUCGACGCAGUCCUGCAACGCUUUUACAGCACCGUCGAACCCUAUUUUGAGCCGGCAAUUAAAUUAGUAUGGGACAAGUAUAGCAGCAUCCAUUUUCCAUUUGAGCCGGUGGAUGGACUUGAUCACACUGGGCCAUUUCUGUUUGCGACUGAAAAAUUGAUGGAUUUAAAUCUUUAUUUUACCUACUUAAAAUCAUGGUCAGGGUAUCAAACCGCGAAGGCGAAGGGUGUGGAGCUUUUGAGCGAUGAUGUGAUUGAUGAAUUUAAGCGUGCUUGGAGUACCGAAGAUGGACAAGACCAGAAGGCUGUCAAGUUUCAAAUUUCUUUGAGGAUUGGACGAGUGGGGAAAGAUAUAAAACCAAAAGACUAGCUGGGAUAUAUAGAACAUCUCCAACAAUAACAAUAAGAGUUAUUUUAGCUGCUAAAAAACUAUUCUAUUUUAUUUUACCUACUCAUUUUUCAAUA